GACAGAAAUGCUUUUAGCUGUUUAUCUAAAAUACAAUCAUAAAACAUUAAAAUUAAACGCAAGGAAAGCAGUAGCGCGUAAAUGAUCAGUAUUUGAGUGUACGCAUUUAUAAACCUACUGUAGUGUAAAUAUAUUAAAAAAACCACACACAUUUUUUGACUGUUCCGCAGUUGACUUUACGUUUCAUUACAUUUCAAGAUGAGUUUUCAUUAAUGUUCAUUUAGAAGUGAUUUCAGUACACGAUAAUAUGGAUGUUAUGGAUAUCUGUUAGUUUACAAUCUUAAUCUGAAGAAAAAAAAAUUUAAGGUCAAUAUAAAUGUGUAAAUUAGAUUAUUCUGGAUAUGUAUAGAGUAAUUCGUAAAAAUUGCGCAUCAGCGUGUUCCCUCUUGUUUACACGAAGUAACAACUACUCUUCCAGAGCACCUCCGAGACAUGUUGCUGCGUCACAAAUUUGUAAGGAACUGUCUGAGAACGGAUCUACUAGCAGUUCAUCUAGACCAUCGGUUUUAUAUGCGGACAAACAACAACUGAUAUUUUCGAGGAUUAACGACAUCACAGACAAAAUACACUUCCGCCAUGCUGUAGCAGAAGACAUAGACAACCUUGUUGCAAUGACAAAUGAAGAAGGCUGGUGGUAUACUGCCUUUCACUACAAAGUUCUUCUCAAACUCGACCCUUUCGCCAUAACUGUUGCAGCAGACGAAGCCGAUACCCCUGUUGGCUUUAUAGGAGUAUGCAACGUAUUACCGGGGAUAGCGUAUAACGGACCAUUUAUAGUGCGAAAAGAUUUCCGUGGCGUAGGUAUCGGAAAUAUCUUGAACAAACUUAUGAAAGAACUAAUUGCCGAAAGAAACGGCUGUAUGGAUCUCGACCAUGAUUUCGUUGAGCACUACGUACAAAAAGGAUUUAUUCAUAAAUCAUACAAAUUCAAAUUGUACAAACUCACAGUAAGUGAUUAUUGCAGGAAUGUAAAUGAAAAAGCCAGUAAAUGUAACAUUGUCCCAAUAACAAACAAGUUACUGCCCUUUGUUUUAGAAUAUGACAGAGGUAUAUAUAGAGGGUUAGACAGAGAAAGGAUUCUCCGAGCUUGUUUAUUUGGUGACAGUGUACAUACUGUCGCUGCAUUGUGUGAUGAAACUAUUAAAGGCUAUGGAAGUUUGAUCAAAUCCACAACAAACACAUAUAGUAUCAGUACACUUUUCGGUGACAGUGAAAAUGUUGUAGAAGAUAUACUUGGAAACAUGUUAGAGCUCGUUCCUAACGGCGCUUCUCUAAUUGCAUUACUUGUGGAAGAUAAACAAUUAUCUAAACGUUUUUCACGAUUCGAAACAUAUUUUAUAAUGCAAAGAAUUUUUAACAAGUUCAAUAUAGAAACUGAUUUAGACCGCAUGUAUUAUGUCAAUGAUUAUAUGCUUUAGGUAUCGCAACUUCUUUCGUAAUUAGUAUAAAUAUUUUUGUGAAGCUUGUAUGCGGGAAAGUAAAAUAUCGAUAUUUUAUAGGCAUUUCCUUUCAACUUCAAAAUUACUUGCUUGUUAUAAUCAGGUAUUUGGUGUCCUAGUAAAAUAGCAAAAAUAAGUAAAAAUCCACAGGUCGCCCAACACGAUAUCAAAGAAAACGUUGCAAGCUCUUUUGGAUUGAGCGUGUUCAUGGAUGGUAGUUGGAAUGCAAGCUAUACCUUCAUGCCACGGAUUGAGCAGAACGUUUAGCCGUGUUACAACUUACAAGUACUCAAUACUAAUUUAGAGACUUCCACAGAUUUGUUCAUACGGCGGUGUACAUGGAACCUUGAAUUAUACAGAUUGCGGUUUUAUGAAUGGCGUACGGCCGCCAGUUAAAAUAAUGGGUUUGCCCUAGACGAGAAAACAGUUGGCACUACUGAAAAAAAAUUAAAAGAGGGGACCUGAUUUUAUGGAGCCUGUAUAUCACGGAAACUGCAAAGACAAAAAAUAGAAAGCGAGCACCAUAUCUAUCGAUUGAUUAUAAGAAUAUCCAAAGCUGGAGUUUUGGAACAACUGAAGCCUAAAUGUUCACGCUGAAGAACAACCAACACAAAAAAAAUGUCUUGCUAAACAAUCUGUAGAGACAGGAAUAUAGCAGCUCUAACUGAAAGUACUGAGAGACAUUUUACGGCUACCAAAAGCAAACCAAACCCCUGUUUAAUAAUAAUUGUUAAAUAUUGUAAUGAAGUCAUUUCGUCCGAAUACUAUGACACUUUUACUUCCUCUGGAAACCACUUCCAUACCCAAUGCUUUUGGAAACUUUCGGUCUCUUACAUUAAUACCUUUAUAGUAAUUUAUAUUUAAAUCCUUAAAUGCACCCGUCAUCCUUUUAUUAUUCCAUGCAUAGUAAAAACAUCCAAAUUAUCUUAAAAUCCGUCACUUUCUGGGUUCUGCUUACCUCGGUUACGGAAUCAUACGAAACUGUUCCGAAGUUAAUCUAGUUAAGAUGGGUACAUUGUGACGUCAUAUGGAUAUAACAAGUGACCCCCCCCCCCACCCUCCACCACCACCACCACCACCACUCCCACCCCUGAGUACCUAUUCGACGAUGACUGGAGAUGUCACGUUCUGAUAUUAAAGGUCAUGUGACCUUUUCUUAUAAAUAGCCCAGAUUUUCUAGGAUCUUGGUCAAAGGUAUUGUCCACUUAGAGACGCUACCUCUAUAGACAAUCACACAGAAAGUCUCCAUCUGGAGAGGUUGUAUCCAAAUAUUUUACAUAAACACUAGUCCACUAUAAAUAAUGCAUAUUAAAGUCCUAAAUCUCUACACUAAACAUAUAAACAUGUAAAAUAAAUCAAAGAAUUAGACAGUCCCUAUAACAAGAGUAGUUUCCGGAUAUAAUUAUUUAUGUAAACAUAGACCCUUGAAUGUAUGUAUGGCUAGUAUUGACUACCAUGACUGAUGUUUGCUAUGAUGCUUUUGAUGUGAAUAAAUGUGAUGUUUGACAAUAA